CGCACACACCCACCACUCUCCUACUUGUCCACCUCUCUCUCUCGCUCCCUCCGCGCUGCUCCGGGUCAACUCCGCGAGAGAGGAGAUCGAUCGGCGAUCGAUGUCGCUCGCCAUGUCGCUCGACGCGGGCCUCGACGUGUCCAGCAAGCCGCCGGUGCCGCCGCCGUCCCCGCCGCGGGUGGACUCGUGGGCGCGCGGGGGGCGCCGCUCCAAGCGCCGCGCCGGGAGCCCCAGCGGCGGCGGAGGAGCCGAGCAGUCCGAGGAGGAGUACCUCGUGCUCUCCCUCCUCAUGCUCUCGCGCGGCGUCCGCGGCGACGCCGGGGACGGCGGCGGGGUCGUCGCCGCCGCCAAGGGCGCGGCGAAGGCGGGCCAGGGGUACGAGUGCUCCGUGUGCGGCAAGGUGUACCCGUCGUACCAGGCGCUCGGCGGGCACAAGACGAGCCACCGGAAGCCACCGACGCCGACGCCAACCCCGGCGCCACAGCCGGCGGCGGCGGCAGCCCCCGCGGGCGACGAGGCAGCGCCCCUCGGCGGCGGCGUCGCGCACGCGGAGGAGAAGGUGCACCAGUGCUCGCUCUGCCUCCGCACGUUCCCGUCGGGGCAGGCGCUGGGCGGGCACAAGCGGCUGCACUACGAAGGCGGCGGCGCCGCGGGCGCGGACGGUAUCAAGGCCGACAAGACCAAGGCUAGCGCAGCCCAGGCGACGUCCGUGCUCAGGGACUUCGAUCUCAACCUGGCUGCCGCGGCCGCAGCGGCCGCCACGACGGCGGUGGACGCCGAGAGCGCGCUUCCGGAGGCCAAGCGGGUGCGCAUGAUGCUGCUCGUGGUCUGAUAGAUCACCAGCUUCUCUGGCGGCGGCGGCGGCGUAGGUUUUGCUGUCUCUAGGAGUUGUUUGCUAGUAGGUUUUUGCUGGUUAAUUGGUUGGUUGAUUGCUUGAUUUAAUUCCGGUUUGCGUGACGCGGACUGCGCUUGAUCGAUGUGUGAAUGCGAUAAGCACGGACCCGCUCGGUUCGGUGGUGGCUUACUCUUUCAGAGCUAGGGAGCUGGUUUACGUGGCUCCAUCCUGUCCUUCUUACCCAUUGAUCCAUUCCUGUCCAUAUUUUGUGACCCGGCCCUGAGCCGCCGGAUCAACAACCCGACGGCUAGGAUCUGUAGCACUUACUUGUAAAGACCCGUUAGUCAAAAUAUAUAUACACAUAUGCAAGGAAACUUUUUUAUACC